UUCUGUUUCUGUAAUUAAUUAUGUGAUUAUUAGCACUCAUUAAUAUCAUUAUGUCUGUAAUGUUAAUAAUCAGGUCUGUUUUAAAUAUUCCAUAAAAGUGAUACAAAACGAACGCAUGAAAAAUAAGUUUAUUAUGAAAAGAGGUUAUUAUGAAAAAGAUAAUAUUUCUUUUUUAUUUUUUUCGUGUGUGCUUGUCCAGUCAGCCAGUGACGGAUUUGAAAGAGGACGUUUCAUAUUUAUCGGAGAUAAAAGAUGACGAAAUUGAUUUUAUUAGUGGUGGUGAAUUAAUGAGUAGCUCGUUGUUUAAGACUGUACAAAAGUAUUACUGUCGAGCAGAGAUCGAGAGAGAAUCAGACCUUCUACUAUUCGGAACGAGGGCCUGGACUUUUCCCGCGCAGGACGUCACACUCACCCUGAGUUACCCUUCGGAAAAUCACAGAUACGAUGCGACCGAGGAUUUCGGGUACAUCCUAACAAAACUCAAAGUGAUUGUGCGACACGAUGGAGUAUCUAGCAGAGGUUAUAUUACUGACGGUGGAAUGUUGCAGAGUCACAUAAGCAUGAAGUUUGUGUUCAGCAAUAUCACAAGUGUGACGUAUCAAUUCUAUCUGCACGGAGUGCAAAAAAACUUAGCGAACUAUACCGACAACUACACGUCAUUAUUUAAUUUAUGUUAAUAAAUAUAUUCAAACUGUCA